GGGAGGCGUCGGGGGAGGGCUGCGGCCCGCUGCGGGGCUUCGAGUCCGGCCUGCUCAACAACACGCACCAGCAUGUGUUUGAUGAUCUGAGUGGCUCCGUCUCCCUCUCCUGGGUCGGAGACAGCACUGGGGUCAUCCUAGUCCUGACCACGUUCCAUAUCCCUCUGGUGAUCAUGACCUUUGGACAGUCCAAGCUCUAUCGAAGUGAGGACUAUGGCAAGAAUUUUAAGGACAUAACCAACCUCAUUAACAACACCUUUAUCCGGACCGAGUUUGGCAUGGCCAUUGGACCCGAGAACUCUGGGAAGGUGAUUUUGACAGGGGAUGUGUCUGGAGGAAGCCGUGGAGGAAGGAUCUUCAGGUCUUCUGAUUUUGCAAAGAAUUUUGUUCAGACGGACCUGCCUUUUCAUCCUCUGAUUCAGAUGAUCUAUAACCCCCAAAAUGCAAACUAUCUGCUGGCCCUCAGCUCUGAAAAUGGCCUGUGGGUAUCCAAGGACUUUGGGGGAAAAUGGGAAGAAAUCCAUAAAGCGGUGUGUUUGGCCAAAUGGGGAUCAGAGAGCACCAUCUUCUUCACCACUUACCUGAAUGGCUCUUGCAAAGCUGACCUUGGGGUUCUGGAAUUAAGGAGAACCUUCGAUCUCGGCAAGAGCUUUAAGACCAUCGGAGCCAAAAUCUACUCCUUCGGACUUGGGGGACGUUUUCUUUUUGCUUCUGUGAUGACCGAGAAGGGAACAACAAGAAGGAUCCACGUAUCCCCUGACCAAGGAGAGACAUGGAGUAUGGCCCAGCUUCCGUCAGUGGGACAGGAACAAUUCUACUCCAUCCUAGCAGCCAACGAUGACAUGGUGUUCAUGCACGUCGAUGAGCCCGGGGACACUGGAUUUGGCACAAUCUAUACCUCCGACGAUCGGGGCAUUGUCUACUCCAAGUCCCUGGACCGCCAUCUCUACACCACCACCGGAGGGGACACGGACUUCACCAACGUGACCUCUCUCCGUGGGGUCUACAUGACCAGCGUGCUUUCUGAAGAUAACUCGAUCCAGUCUGUGAUCACUUUUGACCAGGGAGGAAAGUGGAAGCUCCUGAGGAAGCCUGAAAACAGCAAAUGCGACUCCACAGCCAAGAAUAAGGAAGAGUGCAGCCUUCACAUUCAUGCCUCCUACAGCAUCUCCCAGAAGCUGAAUGUCCCCAUGGUGCCGCUGUCGGAACCCAACGCCGUCGGAAUCGUCAUCGCUCACGGCAGUGUCGGGGAUGCCAUCUCGGUGAUGAUCCCGGAUGUUUACAUCACCGAUGACGGAGGCUACUCCUGGGUGCGGAUGCUGGAAGGGCCCCACUAUUACACCAUCUUGGAUUCGGGGGGCCUCAUCGUAGCCGUGGAGCAUGGCAGCCAGCCAAUCAAUGUGAUUAAGUUCUCCACGGAUGAAGGACAGUGCUGGAACCGGUAUAACUUCUCCAAGGAGCCCAUCUACUUCACCGGCCUGGCCUCCGAGCCCGGAGCCAGAUCUAUGAACGUCAGCAUUUGGGGUUUCCGAAAAUCUUUCCCGUCCCAGAAAUGGGUCUCCUAUACUAUCGAUUUUAAGGAUCUCCUUUCCAGAAACUGUGAAGAGAAGGAUUACACCAUCUGGCUGGCUCACUCCACCGACCCCGGGGCACAAAACGACGGCUGCAUCCUGGGCUACAAAGAGCAAUACCGGCGACUGCGCAAGUCCUCUGUCUGUCAGAAUGGCCGAGACUAUAGGCUGACUGGGCAGCCCGCAGUCUGCACCUGUACCCUGGAGGACUUCCUCUGUGAUUUUGGAUACUUCCGACCAGAAAACGAAUCCAAAUGUGUGGAGCAGCCAGAACUGAAGGGCCACGAUCUGGAGUUCUGCCUGUAUGGAAGAGAAGAGCAUCUGACCACAAAUGGGUACCGGAAAAUCCCAGGUGACAAGUGCCAGGGGGGCAUGAGUCCGGAUCGAGAGGAAAAGGACCUGAAAAGGAAAUGUAGAAGCAACUACUUGAGUCCAGACAAGCAGAAGGCCUCGUCCAACCCCGCCGCGAUUAUCCUGGCAGUGGUGGGGCUGAUGCUGAUCACCACCAUAGCAGGCGUUCUCGUUAUCAAGAAGUAUGUCUGUGGAGGCAGGUUCCUGGUGCAUCGCUAUUCUGUCCUGCAGCAGCACGCUGAGGCCAAUGGCGUGGAGGGAGUGGAUACGCUGGAUUCAGUCACCCAUACCAGUAAAAGCGGAUACCACGAUGACUCGGAUGAGGAUCUCCUGGAAUAGCUGGGCAGUGGAGCUGGGACAGACUGGCUGAGCACUGAUGACCGGAACCCAGUGCCUCCCACCUGGUGCCUGCUCCUCUGAAACGGAGAAAUACAUUCCUCCUUUUCCAUUUUGAGGGGCCCAGCUCUGUUUCUGCCGCUUCCACUGAGACUGAGAGGACCCAGAUGCUACAGAACCACAGGGUGUGCGGGCGGCAGCCGGGGCACCCUGCCAAGAUGUAGAGGCUCAGAGAAGUGAAAGAAAACAUUCUUCUUAACUCAUUUUAACUUGAUUUUAAUUUCUGUCCUCCUGCUGAGUGUGGUGGGUUUCUUAAAGGGAAAUGGACUAAAAUGUGAAGGGGACGUUUCGCUAAAGCUAGGGUCACUCUGGUUGCUUCACCCUCUUGCCUAAGGCUGCCGCGAGUGCCGGUGCCAACUCUCUGCCCCGUGUCCUAAGCCGGGUCCAGCCUGCAGCAAGCACCACUGAAGUGCAGCAGGGGGAAGAACAGCCUCCGGUGCCACUGGGUGGCUGCUCCCAGUCUUCCCAGUUUGGGGGAGAUGGGGGACUCUCCCGGAGUUCCCAGGCUAAAUUGGUUUUCACUUCUCCCUAUGUCAUCGGCAGAGAAGUAGUGUGUGUCUCCCUCUGGGCUGAAGUGAGCCUCUGACUUCUGGACCCCAAACUUACAAAAACUGGAUCUUAGCUUCUCAAAGGAAAAACAAAUUAAGCAAAUCUCAAUCUGUGUGGGGAUAGGAGUAGGGUUAGGAUGAGGUACAAAUGAAAAUCUUUUUCUAAUCAAGGCAAAUACAAGGUUGUGUGUGUGCAUAUGUGUGUUGGCUAUGACCCUCUUGUGCAAGGAUAUGGUGUGUGUGUGUGUGUGUCUGUGUGCUUGAUGAGAUCCUCUGAGCAGAACAAUUGACUUCCUUUGUAUGUGAGUUGAUUUGGCAGGAGAGGAGUGGGCACAGUGCAGGGGGCAAGGCCGGGCAAGCUGUAUCUUUGUCUCCCGACGCCGCACAUUGCUCUGAUCAACCUGUUGGCAUUCUCUAAACUCACCACCUAGGUUGGUUUGGGUUCAGCCGGACUCCCAGGCUUCUGGGUGUUUUAGGCUUUAACCAAACCACAGCUUUAUUCUGGGAGCUCCCCUGCCAAUGCUCUUCUUCCGUUUUCCCAAAGAAUUUGUGGCCCGGCAGGGAAAGUUGG